CCUGACGUCACGGCCGCGGAAGCGAAGCCGCCGUCAGCCACAGUGGACCGGGAGAAGUGGGCGGAGCCAUGAAUAUUCUCCCCCUGAGAACACGCCCUGCAGCCAUGUAAAUCUUCCCGGAGGGAGGGCGGACCGGACUCCGCCCACUACUCCUCGUCAGCCUGUCAUUCACAUUUCUCCCCCUCUUCCUUCGCGCGUAAACACAAAGCGCGGGAGAUUGCAGAGGGGCGGAGUCACGUGAUCCCGGGGCCAUUUGAAAAGCCGUGGCGGCCGCGUGUUGCCGGUGUAUCUGUGUCCGGUGAUCUUUUGGUGUGUCUGCCGGUGUCCUGUGGUCCGGCUCUGCGCUCCCUCGUCCUUCUCCCGGCCUGCGUGUUGGCGGGAAGCGUAUUGUAUUUCCCGCGGUUUUUAUACGGUAGCGCUUUUAUCCACAGGCCUUCCCCCCACUCCCGGUGAUUUUUAUCCGCAGUCCCUUUUAUCCGUGGAGCCAUGCCGGCCCAGGCCGCCUCUCCCGCCCUGCCUGCUGAUGUCAGGAAGCGGCUGAAGGCGUUGGAUAAAGAACAAGACGGGCUCACUGAGAAGGAAUGCAUCGAACAGAAGCUGAAUUUGGUGGCAGACUACCUGGAAGCGGAUGCUAAAGAUAAAUUGACCAAUUUGGAGACCAAGCUGAACAAAGAUGAGCUGUCUGAAGAAGGUUAUUUAACGAAGGUGAAAGCCUUGCUGCAGAGAGAAUUUGGUGGUGAGAAUGGAGCUGUAAAUGGCGAGACGAACGGAUGUUCUCCGAAUGGCACUUGUGGCAGCGAAGACGAAGACGUGGAAAUGGAGGAAACGGCAACGCCCGGUACAAAAGGCCGCAGGGGCCGGAGGAGCAAAACGAAUGGGGAGACCAAGAAAUCCGGCAGCCGAUCACGUCCCACAAGAAGUGCCGGCAAACAGCCCACUAUCAUGUCCAUGUUCUCUAAAGGAUCCAACAAACGUAAAUCUAAUGAUGUGAAUGGUGACGUAAAGACUGAACCUGAAGCGCCCAUUGAAGUGGAGGAAACGGAAGCGAAGGAGCAAGUGGAGAAAAGGUUGAAAGUUGAAGCCAGUGAAGAAGUUGGGUCAGUGAAAGAAGAAACGCCCAAAACAAAACCUGCGCAGGUGCCAAAGGCCCCCCCUCCGAAGUGUGUGGACUGCAGGCAGUACCUGGACGACCCCGAUCUCAAGUUAUUCCAAGGAGACCCAGAUGAUGCUUUGGACGAGCCGGAGAUGUUGACCGAUGAGCGCUUGUCUUUAUUCGAUUCCAAUGAAGAUGGCUUUGAGAGCUAUGAGGACCUCCCCCAGCACAAAGUGACAUGUUUCAGUAUUUAUGACAAGAGGGGUCACUUGUGUCCCUUCGACUCGGGUUUGAUUGAGAAGAAUGUUGAGCUGUAUUUCAGCGGUGUUGUAAAACCAAUCUACGAUGACAAUCCCUCUCUAGAUGGUGGGGUACGGGCCAAGAAGUUGGGUCCUAUUAAUGCCUGGUGGAUAACUGGCUUUGAUGGAGGAGAAAAGGCUUUGAUUGGUUUCACAACAGCUUUUGCUGACUACUUCCUGAUGGAUCCCAGUGAAGAGUACAGUCCACCCUUUGCCCUGAUGCAGGAGAAGAUCUAUAUGAGUAAGAUUGUGGUGGAGUUUCUUCAGCACAACCAGGAUGCAACCUAUGAGGAUCUGCUGAACAGGAUCGAGACAACCGUACCACCUGCCGGUCUGAACUUCAACCGCUUCACGGAAGACUCCCUUCUGAGACAUGCGCAGUUCAUUGUGGAGCAAGUGGAGAGUUAUGACGACGCUGCAGACAGCGAUGAGCAGCCAAUCAUCAUAACGCCCUGCAUGAGGGACCUCAUCAAGCUGGCCGGUGUUACCCUGGGUAAAAGGCGUUCUGUGAGGAAGCAAGCCAUCCGACAUCCAACCAAGAUCUCAAAGGAUAAAGGGCCCACAAAAGCCACAACCACCAGGCUGGUGUAUCACAUCUUUGACACGUUCUUCUCUGAACAGAUUGAGAACAACGAAGAGAAGGAGAACAAUAAGCGCAGGCGCUGUGGCGUUUGUGAGGUUUGUCAACAACCAGACUGUGGCAAAUGCAAAGCCUGCCAGGACAUGUUGAAGUUUGGAGGAAGUGGCCGUAACAAGCAGGCCUGUCUGCAAAGAAGGNNNCCAAACUUGGCUAUUAAAGAAGCUGAUGAAGAUGAAGAAUUGGAUGAUAACAACAUGCCGGAGAUGCCUUCUCCCAAGAAGAUCCUUCAGGGAAGGAAGAAGAAACAGGAGAAGAAGAACAUUUCUUGGCGAGGCAAACCGGUCAAGGUUGAAGGGAAGAAGGAAUACUAUCUGAAGGUGUCCAUCGAUGAUGAAAUCCUUGAAGUGGGUGAUUGUGUAUCUGUGAGUCCCGAUAAUCCCACCGAGCCCCUCUAUCUGGCAAGGAUCACAUCUAUGUGGGAAGAUAUGAAUGGGCCGAUGUUUCAUGCUCACUGGUUCUGCCUGGGCUCGGACACUGUUCUCGGUGCCACAUCUGAUCCCCUGGAGCUCUUUCUUGUGGAUGAGUGCGAGGACAUGCAGCUCUCCUAUAUCCAUGGGAAGGUCAAUGUGGUCUACAAAACGCCAUCGGAGGACUGGUUCUUGGAGGGAGGAAUGGAACAGGACACCAAUGUGGUGGAAGAUGAUGGCAAAUCCUACUUCUACCAGCUGUGGUAUGAUCCAGAGUACGCUCGCUUCGAGACUCCACUGAAGCUGCAACCAGCAGAAGAGAACAAGCACAAAUUCUGCACCAGCUGUGCCCGGCUAGCCGAGAUCAGACAGAGGGAGAGCCCUAAAGUCUUUGACAUCGCUGAAGAUUUCGAUGGUAAAGUCUGCUACAACUUGGCCACCAAAAAUGGCUUGCAAUACAAGAUUGGUGACGGCGUACUGCUCCUGCCAGAUGCCUUCUCGUUCAGUGUUCGGCUAAGCAGCCCUGUGAAGCGUUCCCAUAAAAAGGAGGAUGUGGAUGAAGAGCUGUAUCCGGAAUAUUACCGCAAGUCUUCCGACUAUAUUAAAGGCAGCAACUUGGACGCCCCUGAGCCCUACAGGCUGGGUCGCAUUAAGGAGAUCUACUGCAACAAGAGAAGUAAUGGGAAACCCAACGAGUCGGAUAUCAAGCUGCGGGUGUACAAGUUCUACAGGCCAGAAAAUACACACAAGGGCUCAAAAGCCAGUUACCACGCAGACAUCAACUUGGUGUACUGGAGCGAUGAAGAGGCCACUGUGGAAUUCAAAGACGUCCAAGGCCGUUGUAUGGUGGAAUAUGGAGAAGAUCUGACCGAGUCCAUUCAGGAAUACUCGGAAGGAGGAGCGGACAAGUUCUACUUCUUGGAGGCCUACAGUGCAAAAACUAAAAGCUUUGAAGACCCGCCCAAUCAUGCUCGUACUUCCAUGAACAAAGGGAAAGGAAAAGGCAAGGGCAAAGGGAAGGGGAAAACUUCUGCUCAGUCCGAAGAUCGAAAACCAGCCGAUCAGCUGCCUAAACUCCGAACGCUGGACGUGUUCUCGGGCUGUGGCGGGUUGUCUGAGGGCUUCCAUCAAGCAGGGAUAUCCGAGACCAAGUGGGCCAUAGAGAUGUGGGAGCCGGCCGCCCAGGCCUUCAGGCUGAACAAUCCUGGCACCACGGUGUUCACUGAAGAUUGUAAUGUUCUUCUGAAGCUGGUCAUGUCGGGAGAGAAGACCAACACCCUGGGCCAGAGGCUGCCGCAGAAAGGAGAUGUGGAAAUGCUGUGCGGUGGCCCUCCUUGUCAAGGCUUCAGCGGUAUGAACAGGUUCAACUCCAGAACCUACUCCAAGUUCAAGAACUCCCUAGUGGUUUCCUAUCUCAGCUAUUGUGACUAUUAUAGACCCAAAUACUUCCUGCUGGAGAACGUCAGGAAUUUUGUGUCCUUCAAAAGCUCCAUGGUGCUCAAGCUCACUCUGCGCUGUCUCGUGCGGAUGGGUUACCAGUGUACUUUUGGAGUGCUCCAAGCCGGUCAGUACGGUGUACCCCAGACACGCAGACGAGCCAUCGUACUUGCUGCCGCCCCGGGAGAGAAGCUGCCCAUGUUCCCCGAGCCGCUGCACGUGUUCGCACCCCGCGCCUGUCAGCUGAACGUCGUCGUGGAUGAGAAGAAAUACGUGAGCAACAUCACAAGGACGAACUCCAGCCUCUUCAGAACCAUCACGGUGAGAGAUUCCAUGUCGGACCUUCCAGAAAUCCGCAACGGAGCAGCAGCUCUGGAGAUCUCCUACAACGGUGAACCCCAGUCCUGGUUCCAGAGGCAGAUUCGGGGCUCGCAGUACCAGCCCAUCCUCAGGGAUCACAUAUGUAAGGAUAUGAGCGCCUUGGUGGCUGCCAGAAUGAGACACGUACCUCUUGCUCCUGGCUCUGACUGGCGAGAUCUACCCAACAUGGAAGUCCGCUUGUCUGAUGGAACGACCACACGGAAGCUGCGCUACACUCACACUGACAAGAAGAACAGCCGCAGCAGUCCCGGAGCUCUCCGCGGCGUCUGUUCCUGUGCUGAAGGUAGCCACAAAAAUCCUGUNGACCGGCAGUUCAACACUCUCAUUCCCUGGUGUCUGCCACACACGGGGAACAGGCACAAUCACUGGGCCGGCCUCUAUGGCAGACUGGAGUGGGAUGGCUUCUUCAGCACAACAGUCACUAACCCUGAGCCUAUGGGCAAGCAGGGCCGUGUCCUUCACCCAGAGCAGCACCGCGUGGUGAGUGUCAGGGAGUGCGCCCGCUCUCAAGGCUUUCCAGACACCUACAGAUUCUUCGGCAACGUCUUGGAUAAACACCGACAGGUUGGUAAUGCUGUGCCCCCGCCACUAUCCAAAGCCAUUGGUUUAGAGGUGAAGGCCUGCGUGAUGGCAAGGCUUAAAGAGGAAGAAACAGAGUGCGUGAAGAAGGAGAAGAUGGAAAUGGAUUAAUCUGUCACCCGCAAUGCUUCCUCCUCAGCACUUCAGGCUCCAUCUGUAUAAAGUCUUUACAUGUGUGCACUGCGAACAUCAACUCUGAGAAGUCGGAUCGCCGGAUCA